UUCAGAGAUGACAUGGAGCCCUGGUGGUGAUGAACCCGUAGCGUCUCCCCGAUGGUAAUUCGGCCAACAGAUCACUAAUAUCAAGUGCACCUUGCCGGGGAGUACUGAGGAAGAGAAGAAACCCAUUGUUCAAGUUCCAGGACGUGGCAGAAGAGGUUGAUAGCAUGGUGAAGGAGCUCCAGCAUGGCUGAGGAGAAGCAGUGUGACUUGGAGUGUGUCAUCUGCUUCAGCAUUUACAACAAUGUCUUCAGAACCCCCAAGCAGCUGGCCUGCGGUCACACCUUCUGCCUCGAGUGCCUGGCCCGAAUGAACAUGAAGUCACAGGUGGCGGAGAACAUUCAGUGCCCCAUCUGUCGCAAGCUGACCACCGUGCCCAAGGAGGGCCUGCCUAAACUGGGUAAUGACUCCACGGUCCUGUCCUGCUUACCCGAGACCAUGCAGAGGAUCCAGAGCAUUCACUUCAACCGGGGCAAAGGCCGGCUCUUCGUGAAGAAGGGGCUGGGGUCCCAGAAAAAGGCGGUGAAGGAGAAAAUCUUUGUCAGCUCAGUGAGCCAGAGCCUGGAUGUGGGUCACCCCUCGGAACCAAUCAGUCCAAGGCAGCACAGGGGGUGCUGGAGGUGUUGCCUUCAACACAAGUUCUACCUGGGCGCUAUCUUUGUAAUCACAGCAACUCUGAGUGUCCUCAUCGGUUCCAUUUGGAUGUUCGUGGUCCAUUAGCAGCAAAACACCUGCAUGUACAAUACACUGGCAGCAGUGAUUAAUGGCAUCAAAUCAAGCAGAACCAGAACUUGGGUGCACUGUAAAGGACUUUCACACUGACAUUAAUUAGCUUAGCUUCCCGUUUUAUGUAACAUCAAAAUGCAAGCCUAUAUCUAGUUAUACCUAUGAAGCUCCCUCAACAUGCCUUUUAAAAUGGAAGCUGACAUGUUCCUAGUUGCUCUUGUGGGCUGACCUCACCCAGAGUGAUUCCUACACUUUUUUCCCUAGAUAUUUAAAUUAUUCUUCUUGUGUAAGAAUAACUCUUACUUUGCAAGAGUAUGAUAUUUUCUCACAGGAUAUAGAACCAAUGGGGAUUAAUGCCCUAUAUAUACACUCAGCACAAUAAGUACCAACGUGAAUUAGGUUCAACAUAAAGAAAUAUCCAACACGAACUAUGCUCCUGCACAGAGUGAAAUAGGGCAACACGAUAGCAUAGUGGAUAGCACAACACUUUACAGUGCUGGCCACCUGGGUUCAAUUCCCGCCGCUGCCUGCACGUCCUCCCCGUGACUGCGUGGGUUUCCUCCGGGUGCUCCAGUUUCCUCCCACAGUCCAAAGACAUAUCGGUUGGUAGGUUAAUCGGACAUUGUAAAUUGUGCUGUGAUUAGGCUAGGGUUAAACUGGAGAUUGAUAGGCGGCACAGCUCGAAGGGCAGAAGGGCCUAUUCCACGCUGGAUCUCAAUAACCUAAUUAACUAAAGUGGAGUUCAAUACUAAAUAAUGCCCAAUGAGGUGUUUUCAAACUAAAGUUCUGCCUUAGUUCCAAGACUCUCCAACCUAAGGUGAUAUGGUGUCCAACAGAAUGGGUGUAACUUCAGUAAUGUCUAACAUAAAAUGCAAUGGUGUCAAAGAUACAAAUUUAUUCCUCAUAAUGUUGGGCCCAAUACGAAUAUCAUCA